GUCUCCAUAUAUAAUCGCCCCGUGGCCUUCUUCUCCAAAACCCUAAUCAAGCCUUUCUCGAGCUCUAGGCGCUGCAAAUGGCUCCCAAAAAAAUCGUGAAGCCAGGCGCCCAAUCGAAGAAGAAACCGGAGAAGGUUGUGAACCCUUUAUUUGAGAAGAGGCCGAAGCAAUUUGGGAUCGGGGGAGCUUUGCCGCCAAAAAGGGAUCUUCAUCGGUUUGUGAAAUGGCCGAAGGUGGUCAGGAUUCAGAGGCAGAGGAGGAUACUUAAGCAGAGGUUGAAGGUUCCUCCUGCUUUGAAUCAGUUCACCAAGACCCUUGAGAAGAAUCUUGCCACAAGUCUGUUCAAGAUGCUUCUAAAAUACAGGCCCGAGGACAAAGCAGCAAAGAAAGAGCGGCUUUUGAAGAGGGCGCAGGCUGAGGCUGAAGGCAAAACUGUUGAGGCUAAGAAGCCCAUAGUUGUUAAGUAUGGGCUUAAUCAUGUUACUUACCUAAUUGAACAGAACAAGGCUCAGCUAGUGGUUAUUGCUCAUGAUGUUGAUCCAAUUGAACUAGUUGUUUGGCUUCCUGCUUUAUGCAGAAAGAUGGAAAUCCCUUACUGCAUUGUCAAAGGAAAAGCACGUCUGGGAUCAAUUGUACACAAGAAAACUGCAUCAGUGUUGUGCUUAACAACUGUUAAGAAUGAGGACAAACUGGAAUUCAGCAAAAUCUUGGAAGCCAUCAAGGCGAACUUCAAUGACAAAUUUGACGAGAUUCGCAAGAAAUGGGGUGGAGGAAUUAUGGGUUCCAAAUCUCAGGCCAAAACUAAGGCCAGGGAGAGGCUUCUUGCGAAGGAAGCUGCUCAAAGGAUGACCUAAGUUUUUCUGCUUGACAUUUUUGUGUAGAUUCCGGGAUCUUGCUAGUUGUUAUAUGCCCCAUGAAGACGUUUCUCUGUUAGCAUUUUGAUGAAAUUUCGGCUGAGUUAUUACAUGUUCCCAAAGUUUUAAUUUGAUCGAUAACAGAAUGUUUCAUUAUGUGCUGUGAUUGUCAUUGCUACUGUUUGUCUA